UUUCGUGUUGUGGUUUGUGGUUUAUCAAUUUUAAUUUAACAUUUCGUAAUGCCGUAUUCAGAACACGUUAUCAAAAACAAUACCUUUCGCUACUAAACUACAAGUCAAUGUAUUUCAAUGAUAUUUACAAUUGCCAUCAAGGAACGAAAUGUAAACUGAUUCUCUCCAGCCACUUACAGAAAUGAUAAGACACCUAACAAAAUUGCGGAAAAUUUUAACGUUGCUUUCGAUUGUAACGCUAUUUAUUAUAAUAAUUAUAAUACUUAGUAAAAAUAAAUCAGAUGAUAAGAUUAUUGGAAAUCAUGAAAAAAUUCACAAUGACUUUCAAAAUAUAGAUUAUAGAGAUUUUAAUCGAUUGCAAAAUAAUGACGAACCUCAGCAAGAAAAACUUGUAGACAAAAUGGAGUCGGAGAUCAGGGCUGAAGAUGAAAGGGAGAAAGAAUUAAGAGAAGCAAAAGCUCGCAUUGACCUUUUAGAAAAAAAAAUUGCUAUAUUAGAAGGGAGAAUUCCUCAGAAAUACCCUGAUGUCAAAUAUCUAGGCUAUAAAGAGCGGAAAAGAAUUGUUGUUACAGGAGGUGCUGGUUUUGUUGGAUCGCAUCUUGUAGAUGUGUUGAUGACUCAAGGUCAUGAGGUCAUUGUUGUUGAUAAUUUCUUCACCGGACGCAAGAGAAAUGUUGAACAUUGGUUUGGUCAUAGAAACUUUGAAAUCAUACAUCAUGACAUAGUCAACCCAUUAUAUGUAGAGGCAGAUGAAAUAUACCACUUAGCUAGUCCUGCAAGCCCACCGCACUAUAUGCAGAAUCCUGUCAAGACAAUUAAGACUAACACAUUAGGAACUAUAAAUAUGUUAGGGUUGGCGAGACGCGUUGGCGCCAAAAUUUUAAUUGCAAGCACAUCAGAAGUUUAUGGUGAUCCUAUGGUGCACCCUCAACCAGAGUCAUAUUGGGGACAUGUCAAUCCUAUAGGGCCCCGAGCUUGUUACGACGAAGGGAAAAGGGUGGCAGAAACUCUGGCAUAUUCAUAUGCCAAGCAAGAGAAUGUUUCUGUGAGAGUUGCCAGAAUAUUUAAUACUUAUGGACCGAGGAUGCACGUCUCUGAUGGAAGAGUUGUCUCCAACUUUAUAAUGCAAGCUCUGCAGAACCUCACUAUUACUGUCUAUGGCAAUGGUAAACAGACACGCUCAUUCUGCUAUGUAUCUGAUUUGGUGGACGGACUAUUAUCGUUAAUGGCGUCGAACUAUUCAUUGCCAAUCAACUUGGGCAAUCCUGUGGAGCAUACUAUAGAAGAAUUUGCACUGAUUAUCAAGAAUCUUGUUCCCGGUUGUCGAAGCACGUUAUCCACGAGUGCCGCCGUGGAAGAUGACCCGCAAAGACGAAGGCCGGACAUUACACUCGCAAAAAAGCAAUUAAAUUGGACUCCAAAGGUCCCUUUGCAGGAGGGUUUGCAGAGAUCGAUAGAUUAUUUUAGAGAAGAGUUGUCGAGAACAACAUUUUACAAUAAUCAGACCUACAUGAAUGUUAAAGUGAAGAGUGGCCAUUAAGGAGUAUUCAGGGGCAGCCCAAUCAUUAUUACUCAGUAGUUUACAAUGUGAUAAUACAUGUUGAACAGAACAUUAAGAUUUGAUCGCUGCUUACUUUGUACUAAGUGACAGAGAUAAAACAUCAGAGUCAGUAGAUUGAGGAACAUAUGGACCAGAAUACAGCAAAUUAUUAUUACGUACUUAUAUAAAUUCAUAGAUUUACACACUGUUAGUUUUGAAAAGAAAUAGCACAUUAUAUAGCAUGAUAAUUUCUACUGAAUAUGUGUUUUAUACAUCACAAUUUUUUUAAGAAAUGUGGCUGAUGUGAUUGAUGAAUGUGAAUAUUAUAUUCUAAUUGCUGGCCACCAGUGUCGAGCUGCCUCUGCAUAAAUCCUCUAUGAUUGUGAUAUUAGAAAUAAUAUUAUAGACUUACCAAAGUGCUACUAAUAUGUUUAGUUGUGCAAGACUUAUGUACCUAGUUUUUUUAUAACAAUAUUAAUAUAUUGUACAAUUUUUCGAGUUUGGUUUUUGUUGUAAUGUAUGAUUAAUGAAUGAUAACAUUUUUAUUUGUUGACGGUUGACAUAGGCAUUUAGAAAAGUUGUGUGAUUAAUAUUUCUCACUUGCUACUGUAUAAUUAAAAUUGGGAGCUGUAUAAUUGUUUUCUAUUGGAAUUUUGUUAUAUUGAAUAAAAAUUCAAAUUAUUCUUCA